UUUCCGCCCAUACAUUACUGUGAUUCAAGGUGAUAGGCCCGUUCAAAUUACCGAUGGUGUUUAAUCUAUUAAUAUUAAGACGAAUAUAAUAACAUGCAGGUCACAAUAUAUGAUAUACAGCGAUGCUGGUCUCGUUCUGUUAAAUAGGUUUCCACUACGGAAAGCAUAGCUAUUAUAUUAGUAGGAAAAAGCUUUGUGUAGGCGUUUGAUAAACCUGGUCUUUCCUUAGCACUGCAUACAUAGUGGAUGUAGAAAAACUCUCACUGACUCUGCAUAGACUUCAUACGUACAGUAUUCACUUAGUAGAACGCGUGUGGCCUGGAGGGGAAAUAUGGCUGAGUUGUGUGAAACUUCAAAUUCAAGCCGUGGAGGUACUUCUAAGAACAUAGUACAGCCGAAUUCGUUCGAUGAGUCCUCUGAUAGUGAGGGUGAAGAAGUUCGGCUUCAUAAAGCCUUUCACCGGCGAGUUUCUACCUCAAAACAAAUCAAACACAAGGCAUGUACGAAAGAGGGAUAUUUGUUAAAACAGACGUCUUCUUUCCAAAGGUGGCGACGGCGGUAUUUCAAGUUAAAAGGCAGAAAGUUAUUCUAUGCUAAGGAAAGCAACUCAGAAAUUUAUGAAGAGGUGGAGUUGGUAGAUGUCAGUGUGGCGGAGAGCAGCACCAAAAACCUUAAUAAUAGUUUCAGGGUGAUCAAUCCCUUUCGUACCUUACAUCUCAUAGCAGAUUCACGCAAAGACAUGGAGGAUUGGAUCAGUGCUAUUCGAUCAGCAAGUAACAAAGAUUUCUAUGAUUCCGGUAGUGAACACAUUGGAGAUAUGCUUUCUGGAAUGCAUAAUUGGUACGCUUGCUCCCAUGCCAGGCCCACUUAUUGCAACGUUUGCCGGGAAGCUCUUCCCGGUGUUACAUCACACGGCUUGUCCUGCGAAGUUUGCAAGCUUAAAGCUCAUAAACGGUGUGCAGUGCGUGCUGGGAACAAUUGCAAAUGGACGACCUUGGCAUCCAUAGGAAAAGAUAUAAUUGAGGAGGAUGAUGGUGGAUUAACAAUGCCUCAUCAAUGGUUGGAAGGAAAUCUGCCGGUGAGCGCGAAAUGUGCAGUGUGUGAUAAGACAUGCGGAAGUGUGCUGCGAUUACAGGACUCAAGAUGUUUAUGGUGCAAAGCAAUGGUGCAUGCAGUUUGUAAAACUCACUUUGCGAAAAAGUGCCCCCUAGGUCAGUGUAAAGUCUCCAUCAUCCCACCUAUCACUUUAAAUUGUAUCGACUCGGAUGGCUACUGGCAGGCCAGUAGGCACGGAUGCAACAGCCCCCUUUUGGUGUUCGUCAAUUCCAAGAGUGGAGAUAAUCAAGGGGUGAAGUUCCUGAGACGGUUUAAACAGCUUUUGAAUCCAGCUCAAGUGUUUGAUCUUAUGAAUAGCGGGCCUAGGCUAGGGCUUCGUCUAUUCAAAAAGUUUGACACAUUCCGAAUCUUAGUAUGUGGCGGUGACGGCAGUGUUGGUUGGGUGCUAACACAGAUUGACAAGAUGGACCUCCACAAACAGUGCCAAAUUGGCGUUCUACCUCUGGGUACAGGGAAUGAUCUGGCUCGUGUCCUUGGUUGGGGUACCAACUGUGAUGAUGACACUCUUUUACCAGCGAUGUUGGAGAAACUUGAGCACUCAGGUACCAAAAUGUUGGACAGAUGGAGCAUAUGGGUGAAUGAAACCGAUAACUCGGUAGCAAAUGAAAACGUAGAGGAACAAAAUGAGAGGACAGAGAACAUGACAGCGUAUGAAGACUCGGUGGCACUCCACCUCGCAAAAAUUCUACAAUCGGAGAAGAAUUCCGAAGUGAUCUCAUCUGCAAAAGUAUUAUGCAAGACAGUAAAAGACUUUCUAGAGAAGAUUGGAGAAUCUUACGAUUCAGGGACACAGUCCGGUGGCACGGAUACCAUGAAGGACAAGUGUGCAACUUUGCAACUGAAAUUGAACUCACUGCUUCAAACUUUAAACGAAGAGGCCCAGGCAACCCCAGUUCCACCCGGAAUGCCGGUCCCGGUGGUAGAGGCAAGCCAUGAUGGGGAUGUGGAGGGUGCAGAGGGCAACGACAAGCUGGAGAGAAUGCAGGGACCGGCAACGAAGGUGUUCAAACCAAGAGAUGCACUGAUGUCAAGAGCGAAUAGCCUAAAGAAGGCUGUCAGACAAAUAAUAGAACAAACAGAAAAAGCUGUGGAUGAACAAAAUGAACAGACUAAAGUGCAGGAGGAGAGAACGCGAAGAGUUCAUGGUAUGCUGCCCUCAACUUCAGCAUCAUCACAUUUUGAAGAUAUUAAAGAAAAGGAUGAUGCAAGCACUGAAAAGGAAAUAUUGGAAGAGGAUAAGGAAACAGGCAAGUUAGAGACGCAUAUGAAACGCUUUUCUGUGUAUACGUCAAAAGCUCGAGAACGAAAAAAAGAAAAGGAUUUCUCCUUGAAGCCCUAUCAGCAAUCAUGCCCAAUGAGACGCGUUAGCCAAGGCAGCACCUUCGCUACAUCCGUUACCGCCCCCGUCAACAUUGCCCAACGAUUUGGAAGCAUGGACAAUCUUGAGCUCCUUCCAGGUCUUGAUACUCUGUUUGGGCCAACACUUGGCAGAAGCAAUCCAAUGCUAAGCAAAACAGGCCUUGGUAGCAAUGCUCUUUGUGGUGGGUUAGUCAGCAAAGUGUUGUUAGCAAACGCUGAUGCACUGUGUGCAGCUGUAUCCCCACUAAUGGACCACAACCUGGAAUCUGUGUUUGGUUUACGCAAUGCUGCCCUUGGACUUUUCCCCCCUGCUGCCCAGAACUUAGAAGACAGAAUUGGGUAUACCGAGAAAUGUGUAAUGAAUAACUACUUCGGCAUUGGCCUUGAUGCAAAGAUUGCUCUGGAUUUCCACACCCGGAGAGAAGAGCAUCCGGAAAAAUGCAAGAGUAGAACCAAAAAUAUGAUGUGGUAUGGGAUGCUAGGUGGCAAGGAACUGCUUCAUCGGACAUAUCGUAACCUGGAGCAAAAGGUACAAUUAGAAUGUGACGGAUACAGGAUUCCUCUACCCAGCCUGCAAGGCAUUGUGGUCCUCAACAUACCUAGCUACAUGGGCGGGGCUAACUUUUGGGGAGGCAGUAAAGAGGAUGAGACAUUUGCAGCACCAUCAUUUGAUGACCGAAUCUUGGAGGUAGUUGCUGUCUUUGGCGGGAUGCAGAUGGCCGUGUCCAAACUCAUAACUUUGCAGCAUCACCGCAUAGCUCAAUGCCGUGUUGUUAAGGUGACGAUCCUUGGCGAUGAGCCUGUCCCGGUCCAAGUUGACGGUGAGGCGUGGAUGCAGAGUCCUGGCUACAUGAAGAUUAUCCACAAGAACCGAGCUCAUAUGCUGGUCAGAGAUAAGGUUUUUGAAAGUACAUUGAAAUCUUGGACUGACAAGCAGCGGUUGGAGCAGCAGCUGCAGGACUUUGAGAUGGGCAACGUGAAGCAGUUCUGUGAAAUGUCAGCUGGUCUCAUUCGAAGUGUUCAGGUUCUGUGUAUGAGUCAUGCAAGUAUUGAUGAUGAGCUAAUGGGGUUUGUAAACUCAGCAUCAGCAGCACUCGACAAACUCUACCCAUCAGGAAAAUUAUUAGAGGGACCAAGUAGAAGAAGUGUCAUUGAUCUUGUAAAUAGUGUGAAAUUGCUGCACAAUGAAACUAGCAUCUUCUUGGCUAGAAAAGCUUACUCAUUGCAAUUACAAGAAGAGAGCAUCGCCAACGUGUACAAGUCUUUGAAUUGCGUGGACAACGAACUCCGACACAUCUCCAGAGUUGAACCUCAUGUUAAAAGUCAAGAAGAGGAGAACCCAGCAUCAAUUUCCAAGAGGUCAAAAGGUCGUUUCCGUAUGCCUGCUAGAUUUAAGAAUCGUUCUCGUAAUAAGGACACCAAACCUGGAAUGUUGCCAGCCUAUUUAGGCAUCCAACAAUGGAGUGCUGAGGAGGUUGGCAAUUGGCUGACUAGUAUGUCGCUCUCCGAGUACAAGGAUGCUUUUAUCCGACAUGACAUCCGAGGAGCUGAGCUUCUCCAUCUGGAAAGACGAGAUCUAAAGGAUCUUGGUGUGAGUAAAGUCGGACAUAUCAAAAGAAUACUACAGGCAAUUAAGGACAUGAAUACAAAACAUUUGGACCAGAAUACAUUUCACCAAGCAGCAGGGACCAGCUCAACAACUCAACCACCUUCACAUUAAACGAAUCAUUGAGCAUCAUUAAAAUUUUACUUCUGAGAAGUACCAAAACAAUGACAUUGCAGAGCAGACAAAAUGGUUAUGGAUAAACUGGACAAAGCCUGGGAUUGAAGUUAACUUUUCCAAGUUCAAAAUGUCAUGUGGAAAGGUAAAAGCAGAACAUGUAUCUUGUAUAUAUAUUCAUUUGGAACUUUUUAAUUGUUAUAUUUGGUGUUGAUAGAAACUUAAAUAUAGAAUACAGAUAUUUUUCUGGUUGUGGUUAAUUUUUAUAAGUUUAUAUGCUUUGUGCAAUCAUAAUAUGUUAAUAAUUUAUUUUUUUUAAUAUAAUGUUUUUUUUUCAUUUACUAUGAAAAAUGAAUAUCACUAUAUUUAUUAUUUAUUUAAACAAUAAUUAUUAUAUCUAAUGGUUCAUAUAUUUUUUCAUGAAAUGAAAAUUUAUACAGUAAUACAUUUCAGGGACUUGUUAACUAUAACAUGUGACAAUUAACUCGACCAAUCAGAUAUGUGGGAUUCCAUUCAACUUGACCAAUCAGAUACAUCAGAUUCACAAAUAAAACAAUCAGGUCGAACACAGGAAAUAUUGAUUUAAUUAUCCUUGAAAAUUAUUUGAAAUAAUAUAUUAAUAUAAUAAUUAAACUAUAUUUCUUAAAUUAUGAAUUUUAUAUUUCUAUAAUUGUAAACUUAUGGGAUCAAUAAUCUUUUAGUUGUGUGCAUACACUACAUAAACUUUUAUAUGAAAUCAGAAGAUAGUACUUUGAUAGCGAGGAGGUGUAGAACUUUAAUGGAAUGAGGAAGAAGAAAAAAAAAAUCUGAGAGAAUGAAAAAACUAUACAUAUUGGGGUAAUAAAAAUGUAAUUUUGAGAGGAGUGGAAAGUAUUUUGGGAACAAAUUUAGAAGUUUUUCCAUGGAUUAAUUUUUUUCUAUGUGCAAUUCUAAGGCUUUGCUUUGCGAUAUCAAAAUGCUGCACCUACAACUGCACAUAUUUUUGUUGUGUAAUAGACUGCCCUCUAUCAGAAACUGAGAAACUAUGUCAUGUUAGUUUAAAUCAAGCACCAUAGGCAUAUGGAGCUGUGGUCAUGGGUGUGCACUUGCUCAACCCAGACAUUCCCACCCACACCAGGCUUACCUUACACACCCCAUCCUAGACAUCUGCUUCCCAGAUACUCUCACCCAGACAUCCCCAUCUCAAAUUAUCUCCACAUACAUCCGCACUCUACUCAUCCACACAUCUCCACUUCACACAUCCAAAGAGA